UUAUAAAGUAGCCUGAAGUGAAGUUCACAAAGCUCAGUGCUUUAGCAGCCAUAUCACAUAUUCACAUAUGUUACCAAAAAUAGAAUUAAUAUUCUUUUGAUAAAUAAAACAACAAUAGAUCUACUGUAAUUUAUCAUUUUGUUUUUUUUUUAACUUUUCAUAAUAAUUAAGUAAAUGUUUUUACAGUAGCUUUAAAGAAAGCACAAAGAUGAAUCCAGGACAAAGAAAUGGUAAACUACGUGAUAAUGGUACAUUUGAUAGGAUUAAUAGUUUUGUCACACUCAAAGACGAUGAGAUCAAAAAAAAUAAUCUCAUGCUCAAUGAGGUUAUUGAAUCUUUAAUUGAAGCAAUGAAAACUAAAGAUGAUCUUUUCAAGACAAUAUAUAACAGAAUAAUGUACACUGGUAGUCAUUACAAAGGCACAAAAGUUGGUAAACCAGAAGAAUUUGAUUUGGAUUUGAUAUUAAAGCUACCAGUUGUUUAUGAUGGAAUUAAAAUUGAAGAUGUUAAAGAAAGACCAGGAUUUGCUAGAAUCAUCAUAGAUUCAUCAAUAAAAUUACCUGGAUGGACUAAACAUGAAAAAACUUUAAAUCAAUGGCUGGAUGAUGAAAAAUAUAUCAACAAUGAAAAAGUAAGAAGAUGGUUUGAAGGCAUUGUUUCAAAAUGUUUCAGUGAUUUUGAACGUGGAAUAAAUAAAAUGUAUCUUCUUCCAUCAAAAAAAGAACCAUCAGUGAAAUACAAUGUAACAUCACAUAAAAGUGGACCAGCUUUUACAUUAAUUGUACAAGAAAAAAAUACAAAGUUCAGUGUUGAUUUGGUGCCAGCAUUAGAAUUUAAUAAAAAUCCACCAAAAAAUAUAACAAAAUAUUCCACUGAUAAACCAUGCUGGCAUCUUGUUCCAAAACCUUCAAGAGUUGGAAAUAAAGCUUAUUUAGAUUGGAGAUAUUGUUUUUCAACAUAUGAAAGAAAAAUGCUCUCAAAAUAUGGAAAAUAUAAACCUGUCAUACGACAAAUGAAAAAAUUAAGGGACACUCAAAAUUGGAGCUCUAUGAUUCCUAGUUAUUAUAUUGAAACACUAUUUUAUCAUGAAUUUGCUUCUGGCUCAACUUAUCCCUGGUGUACAAAUUCGUACAUUGAAGCAUUUAUCUACAUGUUGGAACAACUCCAGCUUAUGUGUAAAAAGAAAUGUUUGAAAUAUUUUUGGCUAGAUCAUCACAAUCUUCUUGACGGUAUAACUUGGGAUCAAGCCCAUAAUAUUACUACGCGUUUAGAAAAAAUAAUAAAAGACGUCAAGGCUCAGCCAUCGAAACUGGCAGAAUAUGUUUUAACAAAGGAAGAGUUUGAACAAUUUGAAAAAAUGCAAACAGUCAAAACAACUCAAACAAAUCCAAUAAAAAUUAAUGAACUGAAUGAUUUGUCUUCAAUGAAAAUAAGUAAUGUCACGAAUCAAAUUCCAAAUCAAUCAACAUGCCAGUUAUCAUAAAAAAAAUUCAA